AUGGACCCGUUGAAAAAAAUCCUUUGCCAAUGCCGCAGUGCUCUCUUACUUCCUCCCUCCUCACCCCACCCCACCCAGACGUGUGCACUCUGUUUUGUGUCCGCAGCGCUCUCUUACUGUGCAUCCUGUCCCCCCCUCUCUUCUUUCUCCGCCUUCUGCCGGCCCUUCUAUACCUGCGAGACCUCACCACGUUUCGCGUUAGCCUUUCAGAUUGUAGCAAGCAGCUCCAUGACAGACAAGGGGGACGCUGCUCGCGCCUACUGCGCGAACCUUGCGGCAACGUACGAACGUCUGGCCCACGAUUUGGCGAUUCCUCUCAUCGACCAGGAGUUGUACUCGUGCCUGUUUGUGUGUCCCCUCCUCCACGAACACUGUGCAGAAGCGCAGGCCUCCUUUGCAAAGGGCACCGGCACAAGUACGAUGACCUUCUUAUCCAGUGUGUCGACCGUAGAUCGCCACGGAGAUGCGCUCGUCGCUCUUGGCGGCACAGAACUUGUGGUGGCGGCGUUAUGUGAGCAUGAGCAGCAGACGCUGCUGGUGAUGCAGGCCAUUGCGUUGCGGGAGAGCGUGAUGUCGCGCAUAUGGGCGUGCUGCAAUUCCUACGACGACGGCCAGGCCAGCGUAGAAGCGGCGCAGUUCACCAUGCUGCGUCUUCUGGAGGAGCACCAGAUGGCGACACUACUUAUGGUGGAGUCUGUGCUUGCGUGGCGCCAGGCACUGAGUCGGCCUUAUCCAUUUCUACUCAAAAAAGGUGAUAAUUACCUGAUGAACGUCGUGCAAGACUGUGCCGCACUGGGGGCUACCGCGCUGGUGCGGUCGCUCGCCAAUGUGCGUCUGGAGCACGAUCCUCUGUGCGUUAAAGUCGAUUUCUGCCGCCUGCUUCAUCGGAUGGAGAUCAAGCAUCGCACCCGCCUUGUGAAUUCAGGCGCCAUGUGGAGGCUCGGGCUGCAACCUCUCCGGCCCAUCGCCUCUAGUCAACCAUUCAGGGGCAGCACAGCUGGCAACAGCAUCAGCGCGGCGUCACUGACAGCGGUGGCAUCACCGCCAUCGGAUGCAUCCUCUGAAGCCCGCGAUGUCGCACCUGCAACGCGAUCCUACGCGGGCACUUCACUGGACUUUCUCACCGAGGUGAGUCGGCUCGCUGCAGUCUUGAACAGAACAGACGGCAGGCGUCGCACGUCGCUGCCUCCUCUAUCCACCGCUACAUCCACCUCUUCGAGUGCUGCGGGUGUCUCUAACAACUCAGCUCCUGGCGCUGCGCACCGCCACUUUCCUUUUCCUUCGCCCCACGGAGACAGGGAAGCGCAGCAGCGGAAGCAGCGCCGCCUUCUUACUGCCACACGAGUGCUGGGGGAGGAGGCUUUCAUCCAGCGCAUGCUGAUCAAGGAACUCUACCCUUUGGCGCACGAGCAGGAGCGCUUUGUGCCGCUCUUGAAAGUGGCGCAGUUAUUUAGUGCAGAUGGCUUUGGGCAAGUAGAGAAGGAUAUCCCAGAGGACAGCUGGCCUCUAGAAAAGGCAACAUGGUCGUCUCUUGCCACGACGGGGCGGCGUGUGAACCGGCUGAACUGCAUGUCGACGGCACGAGAGGUACUGCAGGCAAAGCACCUGCUUCCUGCUUGGGAGCGCCGCAUGAGCAACAGUAUCACUGAUUUAGCCACAACCACCAGCGCUUACUCGGUCACACCCACAACGUCUGUCUCACUACCUGCCGAAGGGUCUGUGACACCAUUUCAGCCGACGGCCACUCAAGCGCAGCCGUGCAGCUUCGCCGCGACGACGACGCCCUCUUCUUGCCACUCAAACUCGUUCAAGAACUUUGAUGUCGCUAGCAGCGAGUCCUUUGGGAAGCAACGCGAGCCCACGAGCUCACCGAAGGAGCGUGCUGCUUGUCGUUCCAAGCUCUCACCCCCCUCCAACUCAACGUCGCCAAAGUUCUCCUCGUCGCCUGCAGUAGCUCCGACUGCUACUGUGGUUACCUCCCAAGCAGGACCUGCGUCUUCCAGCUCGUCGUCGUCACAUGCGUCUAGCGCCACGUCUUCAGCCUCGUCCUUUCAAACACCUUCGCACAAGCAGUCGCUCGAGGAGCUGCGUCGGCAGUUGCUGGCGGAGCACCGACGCAACUCCGACCUCGCGAGUAUGAUUCACUAG